AUGGCCCCUUUUCCUCAGUUUUUCGUUGGGGAGGUGGAUGCCUUGCCUAACUGUUCUAAUGUUAUGGGUGAGUUUCCUCCACUCGUGGAUUUGGCUGCUAUGGGUGCUGGAGUUGUGGUUGCUCCAUCUGCUUCAAAGGGAGUUUUUGUUGUUGUGGUUGGUCCAUCUAUGGUUAUGGGUGUUGACUUCGGGGGUUUGGUUGCUUCUUGUGUUGCUGGUGCCAAGAUCCCUGUUAUAUUGAUUUUAAAAACUAUCAUGUUUAAUUCACGCAUGGUGUUUGAUCCCUCUGAUGGAACUACAAAAAUGUUCUCAGUUCCUGUUGUUCAGGAAUUAGCAUCUCAGAAUCUUCACAGCCUUCCUGAAAGAUACAUCAGAUCAGAGAAAGAGCGCCCAAAUUCCUUUCCUCUUCAUCAUUUGGAAAUCCCCAUAAUUGAUAUGGACAUGUUUUGGGGGGAUUCAGAUCUCUGCAGGCAAAAGGAACUGGAAAAACUUGGCAUGGCAUGCCAGCAAUGGGGAUUUUUUCAGGCUGUGAAUCAUGGAAUUCCUGUGUCUCUGACGGAAAGAAUGAAAGGAAUUGCAAAGGAAUUCAUUCAACUACCUCUAGAAGAAAAACUCAAAUACAAAAUACAAGAGAUUGAAGGCUAUGGCCAGAGCUUUGUAACCUCUGAAGACCAAGAACUGGACUGGGCGGACAUGAUGUCCUUGGCAACUCUACCUCCAGAGAAUAGAAAUAUGGACUUUUGGCCAACAAAGCCAGCGGAUUUUAGAGAAACUGUGGAUCAAUAUGCUCUGGAAACUCAAAAGCUUAGCAAUACACUUCUUUGCCUCUUAUCAGAGAAUGUCGGGCUAAAACCAGACUGCUUCGUUAACAUGUGUGGGAAAAUGGGACAGAGAAUGAGAUUGAAUUACUACCCACCCCGCCUUAAACCAGAUCUGGUUUUAGGCAUAAGCCCUCAUUCAGAUGCAUUUGCUUUGACAGUGUUGUUGCAGGAUGAUGGGAUAGUGGGCCUACAGAUCCAUAAGGAUGGUGAAUGGGUUCCUGUUCAACCCAUCCCUGGUGCUCUGGUUAUCAAUGUUGGGGACAUUCUUGAGGUAAUAAGCAAUGGAAUAUAUAAGAGCAUUGAGCACAGAGCAGUCACCAACACGGAUAGAGAUCGAAUCUCCAUUGCCAUGUUUCAUGGUCCAGGUAGUAGGGAAACAGAAUUGGGUCCUGCUCCUGAACUCAUAGAUGAGUUGCAUCCCUGUCAAUACAAAAGAUUCAUUAAUGGAGACUUCAUGCAACAUGUCCUUUCUGGAAAGCUUGAUGGGAAGAAUAACAUUGAAUUUGCCAAAAUCAGCUCAUAAGUUUCUUGAUUUGAAUUUGUUCAAUGUUGGCUUGGAUUAGCAUAUUAAGACAGAUUAUCAUUAUGUG